AGCCAUUUUGGCUCAAGCCAUCCUGGCUCAAGGGUCGUUUUUUUCUCAAACGACUAUGGCUUGCACUUUUCCUGCCUGGGCUCACCACGUGGCUCGAUGAUGUGCGGCCGAGUCAGGUGCCACGCUGGAGGCAGAAUACCAGUACAGUCCUUACUACCAUGUUGAAGGGUGCUCAUUGUGCACACAUCCAAGGCGGUCAUCGCAUAUUUCAAGCGUUACGGUUUUGUUGCUCGCCCACAGAAGUCGUGGAUUCUCGAACGCAGCUCGUGUUUUGUUCCGAUCGGAUUCCUGCGGUUAGCUCUUUGGGCAGGGUCAAGUCUGCAUAUGGGAAGAUAUCUUAUGGAUGUAUCACAGCAGCUGGAUAUUGUGUCACUUCCGUGGGAAGACAACGCGCCAUGGUUCAUCGUUUGGUGGCCCGUGCAUUCCUUGGCCCACCACCAACAGCCCAGCACUCCGAUGUGCACCACAUUGACGGCGUUCGCAGCAACAACAAAUCGCAGAAUUUGCAGUAUGUGACGCGCAGCCAGAACAUUUGGUUCUCUUGGCGGAAUCCCAAUCGGGGUGUUCCUGCAGGUGCUCUUUCGCUGCCAGUGAGGGGUAGACCUCGCGGAGCUGAAGUAUGGCAUCAUUUCAAGUCCAUGCGAGAAGCAGAGCGGAUGAGCAGUGCGUCCCAUGUUAGAUUUCGUUGUAAUGGGAUGUAUAAGCAAGUUGGAGGGUGGGAGUUCCAGCGCGUGGAGCCCAAUGUUGUCAACACGCUACAAGGAGAGCAGUGGCUAGAUGCGCUUUAUCCAGACACUGGUGUUCUUAUACGUGGGUGGGAGGUCAGUUCCCUCGGGCGAGUACGUUCAUCGCGUGCCCCAGCCUCUUGGGGAACUUUGACUGCCUGUGGUUACCGUUCCGUCGGGAUUUCAAUAAAAGGCCACGCGAAACGAUUCUUGGUCCACCGCAUUGUCGCGCGCUCGUUCCUGAUUCCAGGUCCCCCGUCAGGCAGCUGGGUAGUCAACCAUAAAGACAGUGACCGAAACAAUAAUCAUGUUGAUAAUUUAGAGUACGCGACACCUUCCGAGAAUUUACGUCAUUCGUACCGAAACAAUCCGAGACGGCGGACCAAUCGCGAGGCGCUCGCAAAGCCUAUUUUGGGUCGACCGCUUGGAGGUGAUGUUUGGCAACGGUAUCCUUCUGGAGCGGACGCGGCCAAGCUUCUAGGUCUCUCGCAAAGUGCAAUUUCAAAAUGUUGCAUGGGCAAAUCUCGCCAAACAAAAGGCUUUGAAUUUGAAUUUGCAGCUCCAGUUCUUCCUGAUGUGCUGGAAGGCGAGGAGUGGAGAAACAUAGUAUAGGAUCUCCGCUUCUCCCCAUAAGCGCCGCCGUGUCGUCGGAUCACGAGUCCUUCCUUUGCAGCUUUGGCUCGGUGCUGCUUUGCCACAUUGCACCUCGCGCGGCUCCGAGACGACUCCUCUCCGCGAGGCUAGGCGAGGCGGGAAGUUUUCAAGCGUGGGGCAGGGAGAGGGGC